AUGCGUAAGUUACGGUUCCCGAUGGAUCAGCUGUUGAAAUCAGGAGCAAAGUGGGUAUGGUCAGAAGCAUGUCAGCGAUCAUUCAAUCGGUUCCGAGAAAUCCUGCAGUCACCGUUAACACUUUCGCACUACAAUCCAAACUUGGAAAUCAUAGUGUCGGCGGAUGCGUCAAAUUACGGAAUCGGUGCGCGCAUUGCCCACAAGCUACCAGAUGGAUCAGUGAAACCGAUAUCCUAUGCGUCGAGAAGUCUUACACCAGCCGAGUCCAACUACAGCCAAAUCGAGAAGGAAGGACUCGCACUGAUUUUCGCCGUAACCCGGCUCCACCGUAUGAUUUUUGGACGACAGUUUAUACUGGAAACGGAUCACAAGCCUUUACUAGCUAUUUUUGGUUCCAAGAAAGGCAUUCCAAGAUAUACACCCAACAGACUUCAGCGAUGGGCAUUAACGCUGCUACUGUACGACUUCAACAUCAAAUACGUGAGUACGGAAAGUUUUGGUUAUGUUGAUAUCCUUUCUUGCCUGAUCAACACUCACGUCCGUCCGAAUGAAGAAUAUGUCAUCGCAUCGAUUGAACUGGAAGACACCAUGGAAGACAUCGUCAAGCAAUCAGUGGAAGCUCUGCCAGUCACGUUCAAGAUGAUUCAAGCAGGAACAAAGUCGGAUGCAGUAUUGAAGCAGGUUAAGCAGUUCGUUCGAACAGAAUGGCCGUCAAAUCAGUCCAAAAUCAGCGAUCCACAGCUUCAACAGUUUUACCAGCGUCGGGGCAGUUUAGCCAUUGUCUCCGAUUGCCUCACCUAUGGGGAACGACUGGUUAUUCCAUCAAAAUUUCGAGAUCGAGUUCUACGAGUACUACACAAAGGACAUCCUGGAGUAGAAAGAAUGCGAUCCAUAGCACGUAACUACGUCUAUUGGCCUGGAAUCGACGAGCAGAUCAAUCAUCGUGUUCGUACGUGCGUAGAAUGUUCGAGAGCAGCCAAGACCAACAGUAAAACCAACAUGGAGUCUUGGCCUACACCAGAAAAACCUUGGCAGCGGAUUCAUGCAGACUAUGCUGGACCAGUCGACGGUAAUUACUAUUUGAUUGUUGUCGACGCAUUCAGUAAGUGGCCAGAAGUCAUCUCUACCAAACCACAGACAACGUCCACUACAGUGGCCAUGUUCCGUGAGAUCUUUUCCAGAAAUGGAAUGCCGGAAACAUUGGUUACAGACAACGGUACACAGUUCACCAGUGAAGAUUUUGAAGCCUUUUGCAGUAACAGUGGCAUCCUACAUUUGAAAACGCCGCCGUAUCAUCCACAGUCAAACGGACUCGCCGAGAGAUUCGUCGACACAUUCAAGCGAGGACUUCGGAAGUCACCAGCAGAACUGUUACUGGGAAGAAAACUAAGGACAUCACUAGAUCUACUGAAACCACCAACUUCGUUCUACAAGCAAGCCGAAUCAAAGCAAGAAAGUCAGUUCAACCGUAAGCAUGGCACGAAAGUAAGAAACUACUAUGCAGAAGAGCUGGUUUGGACGAAAGUACAUCGAAACAAUACCUGGUCAUGGGAACCCGGUCAAGUACUAGAACGGAUUGGUCGAGUCAUCUACAACGUGUGGCUACCGGAAAAGCGGAACCUUAUUAGGUCACACUGCAAUCAACUGAAGAAACGGUAUGAAUCAGAACAACUAUCAUCAACAGCGCAAAACAAGUGUACUCAAAUCCCGCUCAUCAAGGGAGGUUCAUCGCCGAGCACCAGUCAAGCCACCAAGAGCUACUAUUCAGCAGGAACCGAGCCGGCUUCGCCAGUCUUCGAGAACCAGAAGACAACCCGUGAGGUAUGA